AAGCUAGAAAUGGACUUGGCCCGGGAAAGAGGGUGGAAAGGAAAGUUCAGGAGGAGAGGCAGAGUAAUUAGGCCUGGUGCAAACCGCAUAGAUGGAAAAUGCCCUUUAACCCCACUAGAGGUCGGAAUGAUGCUUAGGGGCAUGGGUUUUAACAAUAGCACCUUGGUUUAUGUUGCUGCGGGAAACAUUUACAAAGCUGACAAAUAUAUGGCUCCUCUUAGGCAGAUGUUUCCUCUUCUCCAAACGAAGGAUACUCUAGCUUCUCCAGAGGAGCUUGCUCCGUUCAAGGUAAACCAAACACCAAUUUAUUUGCUUAGUAGGACUUAAGAUGCUAUGUUCCAAUACUGUUCAGAAAAUGUUUUGUGAGAAAUAGGAUAGAGUUUGGUUGUUUCAUGAAUUAUUAUAUUUUCAUCGCUCUAUGAAUUGUUAUUGUGAGAAAUAGGAUAGAAUUUGGUUGGUUCAUUUUAAUUGAUAGAAAAAUG